UAGACUUGCUUCGGUAGCCAUUGAGGAUCAUUGGAGAACGAAGAUGCAAGGGCCAGCGGAUGCUACACCAGUCUUUGAGGCUCAAAAACGGGCACCGGCAGAACUCAAGGCCGUUGCUGAAUUCCUGCGGGGCAAGAAUGGCCCCAAGGUCCGUCGUGGAAUCUUGAAUGGCAAACGAGUGGAAUACUUCAAAGGUAGCACAGCGAUAAGAACACUCACCGGACCAGCAUACCAAAAGUCGAAGAAGGUUCCUGAAGUCAAAGAUGAAGAGGCGGCUAAAGCACUUCUGCUGAAGGUCUUACCACACGCAUUCUUUCUGCGAGUCGACAGGCCCACACUCGACCCUCCUCCACCCGCUGGGACCCCCAAGACACUCGCUCUAGCACCUUCCCAAUCAGUCGAUGAGAAAGGCUACUACGCUUGGUUCUACGACGGCUCACCCUUAUAUACCAUCCUCGGUGGAGUCGCCAUGGUCGCCGUCAUGUUAGCUGGAGUCAUGUUCCCGUUGUGGCCCAUCAAACUUCGCAUCGGUGCUUGGUACUUGUCCAUGGGUCUUUUUGGUCUCGUCGGAGCUUUUAUCGUCCUGGCGAUUGUUCGACUGAUAUUCUGGUGUAUCACUGUGAUCACCAUGAAGAGAGCCAUCUGGAUCUUUCCAAAUCUAUUUGAGGAUGUCGGCUUUGUCGACUCGUUCAUCCCCGGAUGGGCUUACGACGAACCCAAGACGAAGAAAAGGAGAUUGGUCAAGAAGUCGGAGAAGAAGGGCUCAAAGGGAUCGAAUCAAGUCAAAGUCUCGAUCGCCAAUGGAGUCGAUGCCUUUUCCAAUGGUGGUGCAAAUGCUCAAACAGCAUCCGAUGCUACGCCUGCCGUCCCAGAUGCUGUAUCCCUGCCUUCUGCCGUCGAGACCCAGAGCACUGGCGUCUCAACACCCUCGAGCGGACUGAAACACCGACAAACAACCGUGGAAGAUGCCGAGGAGGACUGAAUGCAUGUGACAUGACCAGAUGAUGCAUGGAAUGUAU